AUGUCGACCCAAGCAGCUUUCGCCCUCAAGGCGUCUUUGCGGAAAUCGAUGCUGAGGACUCUGAAAGGUAUGUCAGAUGGUGAAGUGGAAAAGCAAUCACAAGCAGUAUUCAGAGUACUUCUCGAUCAACCUUUCUUCAAGGAAGCGAAAUCGAUAGGUUGCUACUUGAGCAUGAAGCAUGGCGAACUAAGGACGAAUGGGAUUGUCGAUCAUAUCCUGAAGAGAGGCUCAACAUUAUAUACUCCCUUCAUUCCACCACCGCCAUCACGAAGCCCUGAAGCUCAGCCUUCAUCGUCAUCACAGGACAUGAGAAUGUUACGAUUGUACUCGUCGUCUGAUCUGGAAAGAUGUCCAUUGGAUAAAUGGGGUAUAUUAGACCCAGGAGAGACGCGGAAUGACCUAGAAGGAGAAGAUCGGGAGGAUGUGAUGAAUCGUUCUUCUCCACCGCUCGACCUCAUCUUAGUACCUGGUGUGGCUUUCGACGAGGAAUGCAACAGGCUGGGGAGAGGUAAAGCAUAUUACGAUCGGUUUUUGUUGUCCUACACAUCGAAAAGACCGUCCCCGUUACUCGUUGCUCUGGCGUUAUCUCCCCAGAUAUUGGAGGCGAGUGAAAGGGUGCCUACGACCGAACAUGACUUCCGAUUGGAUGGGGUCAUCUCACCCGAAGGUGUAGUUUGGAGGGAGAAGAAUUAA